CCGGCAGGUGAGGCAUAGCAUGCGAAAGGAUGCGAGACGAUUGACACAGAGCCAAGGCGUCUGCUUUUGUUCCGUUGUAGUUCAGGUUUUGCUUUUGUCUUUGGCUCCUUACGACGGAGAUCGCUAUCUGGGUCUGGAAGAUUGCAAAACUUGUCAUGCUCAUUUUCCAGGGCCCAUGGUCAUGAGGAAUCAACGCAGGACCUAACACGCUAGCAAAUUCUAUGAGAUCCCUACCAUGCCUAUCCUGCAUGAGAAGCUCCCUCUUUGCUUGGACUUGGUCAAAAGUGAGCAACCUUUGGCAGUCAUGCAAUACAGAUCUUUACAUGAUGGAUCCACACUUAACGCGACAAGUUCCAAUGAUGCCGACCCAGACAUCUUUGCACUGCGUAAUCGCUGCGCUGAAGCCAGUAUGCGUAGCAAAUGUGUCUGGGUCUGGAAGGGAGCGAACUUGUGGCGCUCGCGUGUGGCGGGCACGCAAAAAUCUGUGGUCCCGCAUGACUUGCACAAGAUGCCUUUUUCUGGCAAUGUUGAGAGCGGAUUGCUCACGCAGAAGAGGCCUCCCCGAGGGGCUGCAGAACUUGCGACGCUGAGCCCUGGGCAGCGGACUUUGAUGCGGAGGCGGCGCCUCUGUCGGAGGCGGUGCUUGGAAAAAUUGCAUAUACAGGCUCUGCACUCGUCUCCAGCCCCAGACAUGUUUGCAGUGCAUAGCCACCAGCGAAACGCAAUGUCGCUGACCGGCAGAGCACACAGGCAGAGAGACAGACACACAAGAACGAGCGGUCGGCGGGCGGAGGCCGUGGAACUACGGGCGCAAAUCCCGCAACUUUUGUCCCCCCUAGAAAGAGAAAGAAGGAGAAAUAG